AUGAGUGACGGAGUGCCCCGCGUCGGGCGCAAGCCUGCCACGGUCCUGUCCGCCAUUGAGCUGAUUGGAAAUACUCCGCUCGUUCGACUCAACAAAGUGCCCCAGUCCCUGGGCGUUGAAUGCGACGUCUACGCAAAGACGGAGCUGUUCAGCGCUGGAGGCAGUGUCAAGGACAGAAUCGCCCUGCGCAUGAUAGAGCAAGCCGAAAGGAGUGGAAGAAUAAAGCCUGGCGAUACUCUGAUCGAGCCCACCAGCGGCAACACUGGCAUCGGUCUGGCCCUUGUCGGCGCCAUCAAAGGCUACAAAACCAUCAUCACGAUGCCCGAGAAAAUGUCUGCAGAGAAAGUCUCGGUGCUGCGAGCGCUCGGCGCAACCAUCAUCCGCACUCCCACCCAAGCUGCCUGGGAUGCUCCCGAGUCGCAUAUCGGCGUGGCGCGCCGGCUAGAGAAGGAGAUUCCCAAUGCGCACAUUCUUGACCAGUACGGGAACUCUGAUAACCCGCUGGCCCACGAGCACGGCACCGCCGAGGAGAUCUGGGAGCAGACGGAUGGGAGGGUCACAGCUGUGGUGGCGGGUGCCGGCACAGGUGGCACCAUCACAGGCAUUGCGCGCGGCUUGAAGAAGCAUAACAAAGACGUCAAGAUCAUCGCUGCGGAUCCGCAAGGCAGCAUCCUGGCUUUGCCAGAGACCCUUAAUAAGGAGCACGCCAACCAGCCUUACAAGGUCGAGGGCAUCGGCUACGACUUCAUCCCAGAUGUGCUUGAGCGCGAGAUUGUCGACAAAUGGUACAAGACUGACGACGAAGAAUCCUUUGUCCUCGCGAGACGCCUCAUUUCUGAAGAAGGGCUCCUCGUCGGCGGCAGCUCCGGCUCCGCCAUGGCCGCCAUGCUCAAGGCCGUCAAGGACUACGGCUUCAAAAAGGGCGAUGUAGUCGUCGUUGUUCUGCCCGACAGCAUCCGUAGCUACUUGUCCAAAUUUGCCGACGACGACUGGCUCGCUGCCAACGGUCUCCUCGCCUCCAACGGUUUCAAAGCCUCCGUCUCCAACAAGACCGACUCGGCUGACCCUUACGCCGGCGCAACAAUCGCCUCUCUUCGUCUCAAGCCCGUCACUUCGGUGGCCAAUACCGCUUCCUGCUCCGAGGCCAUAGAGACUAUGCGCGACAAAGGCUUCGACCAACUCCCCGUCCUGUCCGCCGCCUCGCAGAAGCUCGUCGGUCUUGUCACCCUUGGUAACCUCCUCUCCUACAUCUCCCGCGGUCGGGCUACUCCAACAAGUCCCGUCAGCGACGUCAUGUUUGACUUUCGCCACCUCGACGAAAUUGUCACUGAUUCUCGACAAAGCGCCGCCGUGUGCCAAAACACGGCCGGCCCCAAAAGAAAAUUUGUCGAGAUUACGCUGGAGACUCCCCUCUCUACGCUAAGCAAGUUCUUGGAGUGGAACAGUGCUGCUGUUGUUACCGACUCUGGCACCGACAAGAAUUCCUUGUCCAAGCCUAUUGCUAUUGUCACAAAGGUCGAUUUGCUGACUUGGAUGGUUAGCAAGAUAUAA